AUGUCCGGUUUCGAAAUCGCUGGGGUAGUGCUCGGUGCACUCCCGCUUGUUAUAACAGCCCUCGAACACUAUGGCGAAGGCAUCAAGACGAUAAAGACCAUGUUAGGCUAUCAGGCUCUCGUAGCCAACCUCAUCCUCGACCUCAAGAUCGAAACACGCAGCUUUCAACGAGGUUGCGAGAAUCUCCUAUGGCGACUGCAGUUACCCUCAGAAGAAGCAGAAGAGCUUUUAAAGUUUCCAAAGGGAAGGAAGUGGUUCGAUCCGGAGCUUCACACGAAGAUCCAAAAAAUGCUUGGUUGCCAGGAUUAUGCCAUUUACGAACAAUUGGUGUUACGGUUGUUUGCCAGGCUGGAUAAUUUCUCAAAGAAAGUCCAGUUGGACGACGAUUUUCUCCCACGGUGGAUGAAGGGCAGUGCUCACACCGGGAAGCCAAGCGCUUUUACCAAAGUGCUUGGCAAAACUCGUUCCGCCAGAAGGACUUUCGAGGCAAUAAUGCUGGGUUUACAGAGUGGUGACUAUGCUCUGGCUAUCGCGGAUAUUCGAAGCGACGUGGAAAAAAUCGGUUCCCUUGUUGGUGAUGCCAUGGUGCUUGCAGCGCCGAGGCAAGAACGGAGCCGUAGGCUCAACACAAAGUUCUGGUCUUCGAUUCGUCAAUACGCGGAGAGUCUGUUCCAGUCAAUCAGAUGGCAAUGUCAUUGUGCUCCGAGCCAUACUGUCCAUCUGCAACUCCAAACCCGAGAUAAAACCAUUCAAGGCGCAGAAAGUACAUAUAAUUUCAUUAUUUUGUUCGCAUUUUCAGGGGGCCUGAACAAUAAUAGCUCUCCCAUGCCGUGGUCAUGGAGACGGGCUAAAGUCCGACCCUCAGAAAUUCCACAAGCCCGGGUUGCUGGCUCUGUUGCUUUUGCUGGCGUUGGGGAAGUUCCUUCACCGACCGCUGGGUCAGAAAUUUCUUCUCUAUGCAAAGCACUCGAGAAUGCACCUGAGGAGUCCGGCUGUAUUGGCUUUCUUGAUCACCAAGAGUGCCGGCACCACAUAUUUUGCGGCUGCGAAGAGCAGACGAGGACCGUGAUGUCCCUCGAACAAGUCCUCCAGGAGAAAUGCAUGUGCCGCUACAACUAUGGGAUCAAGGAGAGAUACAAACUGUCGGUCACCCUCGCCUCUACAGUCUUGCAGCUCUGUAGAACACCCUGGCUUCAAAGCGUUUGGGGCAAAAACGACAUCUAUUUCAUGAAGAGCGAGGAAGCACCUCUAACGGACCAGCUUUACGUACGGAAAUCCGAACAUACCACGACUGACCAAGUUGCUCAAGCAUUACUUCUUUUAGGACUACGGACCUGGAGCAAUUCCUCACUUUUCGCACUGGCAACUGUGCUGGUAGAGCUCUAUUUCGGUCGCCCUCUCGAAACAAUCCCCAACGACCCCUCGGAGCUUGACGAACUUGGCAAUCCACUUCCGUAUGGACAGACAGAAGAAAAGAAACUGAACAGACUGAUCCGCGGCAUUGAUUCAGGGACACAGGAAAAAGAGGCAGCUUACUUCCAGGCUAUCAAGAGAUGUCUGAGGUGCAACUUUGACACUGAUUCGUUGGAUCUGACGAGCUCCCACUUUCAAGAGGUGUUUUACACGGAUGUGAUAGCACCACUAGAGAGCUGCUAUGAAACGAUGAUGUAG